CGCGUGGUCACGUGACCUCCUCCUCAGUGGAGUGGAUGGAGAUGGCUCUCCACGUCAGCUUACGUCUCUAAAUUUCUGCUUAGCGAACCUGCUUCAAAGAGGCAAGAGGCACGGCGCUUCAGAGCCAUGUUCGGGGCGGCUGUAGAGGAAUCAAACCCCAACAUAGCGCCAUAGAAGUGGCUGAUCUACAAUGAUGGAUUUCGACGAAAGGGUCCCCGUCGGGUCGAACAUGUAUUUGCCCAGUUGCACUUACUACGUGUCGGCGGGGGCAGAUUUCUCCGGUCUUCCCUCAUUUUUAUCCCAGACCCCGUCCACCCGCCCCAUGACAUACUCGUACUCCUCCAACCUGCCGCAGGUCCAGCCUGUCAGAGAGGUGACAUUCAGGGACUACGCGGCCAUUGAUGCGUCGGGUAAAUGGCCGCACCGGGGGAACUUGCCCCAGUGCUACCCCAGCGCGGAGGACAUGGUGCACCGGGACUGUCUCUCGGCGCAGACCGCUGUCGUGGGGGACAUGUUCGGGAAAAACAGCCCCGCGGCCGCAGCUGCCGCCUAUCACCACCACCACCACCACCACCACCACGCAGGCACGGGCUCCUCUGCUGGCAAUUUCUACGGGAAUGUGGGAAGAAAUGGCGUCCUGCCCCAAGCCUUCGACCAGUUUUACGAGACGGCUUACGGAAACGCGGCGGAGAGCUCCUCCACAAACGCCUUCUCAGGGGAAAAAACGGCGAGCAAGCAGCCCAGCUCUGCGCCGGAUCAUGCACCAUCUUGCCGGGACGCCGACGCGAAGGAGCAGCGGGAUGAAACAAGCAGCCCCGAGUUAUCUUCCGGCAACAAUGAGGAGAAAUCCAGCAGCAGCAGUGGACAGCGGACCCGCAAGAAAAGGUGCCCUUAUUCCAAAUAUCAGAUAAGAGAACUUGAGAGAGAAUUCUUUUUCAGCGUGUACAUAAAUAAAGAAAAACGGCUGCAACUGUCUCGGAUGCUCAACCUCACCGACCGACAAGUAAAGAUUUGGUUUCAGAACCGUCGCAUGAAGGAGAAGAAACUGAACAGAGACAGAUUACAGUAUUACACGUCUAACCCUUUGCUUUAGGAAACACAGCAGCCCCCUUCGACACAGCUUCACGAGUCUCCAGCUGUGGGACUGGCUACGUUUACAGACUCUAAGUGUACUUUGUGCACCACAAUGGCCGCGACGGCAGCAAUAAUACUGCUCAAUGGUUAAUUUCAAGUUCGAGGACAACAGUGAUAUGAAAUACCACGAACUGAGACAGCUUGUGGACUCUAAAUCCGAUCCACAGACUCUUAUUUGGGAAAAUGUAGAAAAUGCGCUAUGUCUUCAAGACGGUGUAUUUCCAAAGGCCCGUGCUAGUGUGACUCAGAGACACCUUGCCUAUUUCCCUUUCUCGGGGGGUUAAAAAAAUGUCACUAAUGGUGUAUUUUGUAAUCAUGAUUAUUUUUCUUUAUUUGGCCUGUGGUUAAAAUCAGUAAAUCGGUCGAUUGUGAUGGUGAAUAUGCGACACGCAGACUAAUCAAAUCUAUAUUGGUGUGACCAAAUAUUGAGCCCGCACGGAUGAGAAUGAUAUUUUUCUUAUGCUUAUUUAUGUUGUCGCCACCCGUUUACUUCCUUCCGUAUUGCCACGGCUGUGCAAGUCACAAUUACAGGCAGGCUGUUGGGAUUUCAUGUUGAGCCUAGCUGAUCCCAGAGCCCGCUUUAUUCGUCCCCCUUGUUGCCUGCAGAAAUGGGGCUGACUCUUUUACAUUGCGUGUCUUUAGAUGCUCACAUCCACGCUACCUUCUCGGGAUUCUGGGGGACUAAUAGUGGAGUAUUGAUCAUGCAGGCCAAACCAUGACAUAAGCUUGUCCACUGGAUUAAUGUGGAGUUGCACUGAGGUACACGCCCAAAACAUUCAUAUGGUGUAUAGCCUACAUGCCUGUAUAUGCAGGAGGCCUCUUGGGUCUCAUAUUGAAGGCAGAUUUUAUUUUAUUUUGAUUUAUAUUAUUUUUCCUUUUUUGUCGUAUUCCGUGAUCCUCGGGUACUUACAGUACAAAAAGAGAAGGAAAAAAAAGCGACAUUUUGAAAUGUGCUGUCAGGGCAAGGCUGGUCAGGGUCAUUGCAUUCAAUCGAUUGCUUGGAAUGCCCAAACUAUUGUGUAUUGUACUAUAUUUCCAAAUAAAAUCAAAUGAAAGGAUUGCUGGAAAAUA